CCAGCAGAACAGUCAGCGCUCGGCGGGAACGUUUGUUUUCAACAUAAACAAGAAGAUGGAGGGGUCGUCGAAUGACAUAAUAUCCAGCACGACUGAUAAAAUAAAUGUAACUGAAGUCGAGGGUGUUGUCCAGUCAUGGAUGAUCGAUUAUUACUUCGCGUCGCUAUGUCGGCUCUUCAGAGACAGAUCUGCGCUGGAGUUUCGUAAAACUUUGAAACUAUUUGAAAGUAUAGUGGAUGAUCUUGAGUCGUGUUCCCACAGGUCAGAUCACCCCACUCAGAGAACGAUCUGCUGCUUCCUUGCCAGAGUGAUGGACGGGGAAAACCUGGAAGUCCGUUAUGAUCAUGUUUCUCGAAUCACUCCCUUGAUGUCAGCGUUGCCGAUUUGGGAGUCGUUACAGGAAGUAUCCGAUUCAGACUUGCAUGCUAAGAUCAAGACGCUACUGAUUGUUCAGUCUGUCGCUGUGUGUGUGAAGAAAGGACAUUCAAAGUUGGCAAAUGAAACCCUGCAGUGGCUGGAAAAAGAGACUGAGUUACCAGCGAAACUACAAGGAAAGCUGACCACCAUUGUGAGUAAGAAGGACGCGUAUGAUCAGCUCCUGAUGAACUUCACUUUCGACCAGCUGUUGGAGAACAUUGACACAUUCCUCAAAACAUUCAGCCAGGGACGUUCCUCCGUUUUCUUAUUCGAAGCAGCAUUAAAAGUGGUUCAAGCCCGUCAUGAGAGAUCUGAGAAAACCUCAUCUGAACAGGAUGGAAGUGAAAGGACUCCAUCCAGCACAGAGUCAAACAAACCAGAAGAAAAUGAGGAACCGGUGGAUCCACUGGUGCUAAAUAUCAGACCCAAAAGGAAACUUUUUUCAAAGCAAAUUCAUGACGUAUGGAAACCUGAAACUGCCAAGAAAGAGCGAACCACGCGCAAGAGAACCUCCAUUUACAAAAUUUCCAGAAGAAGUAGUGUCUGUUCAGAUUUACAAAGCAAUGUGACAAGCCAGCCCAGAAGGAAAUGGACCGCAGAAGAAGACCGGAAGCUGAAAGCAGGUGUGAGGAAGUAUGGGGAGGGCAAAUGGAGAAUGAUCCUGAAUGACUUUGAGUUUGACAACCGCACCGGUGUUAAUCUGAAGGACAGGUGGAGAAUCCUGAAGAAAAUAGAAGACUAUUGAGCUGCCGGCGGCUUCUGCUUUU